UUAGCAACGUUAUGCAGAGGGUUAUUAAAUGGUCAUAAGCAUUUGAUUUCAUUUUUUACUAACGUGCGGUGAUAUCAAACUUCUAAGGGAUUGAUUAACUGAUGGAUGCAAACAUCGAAUGUUAAAACCGAUUAAAAACUAUCUGAAUGGGUAAAAUAACAGAAGAACCAUUAUUUCAGAAAAAACGAAAAUUUGGAUCGACAAACGAAUUUAAUCUGAAUACGCAGUUUGUAAAUCCAAAAGAAGAUGACUACUUUGUUAUAGGUCCAUCUGAUGGUAAAUUUUCAAAUUCGAUUGCCUACAGAAAUAAAAUGAAGCGAAAUGCUCGAAGUGUCUCACCAAAGAAAAAACAAGAAAAUACCAGUAACGGUUUAAAACAGCAAUUGUCUGCUCAGAUAAACAGGCAAAUUCGAAAGUCACCACCUAUCCUAAAACCUCAUAGAGAUGAAGCUAUCCAAACAGACGGAGCACAUAAAGCACUCGAAGAGGAGAUUCGACGAAUUCGAACUGAGAUCGAAAACAGAAAGAGAAUUCUACGCGCAAGAGAGGAAGCAAAAGAGAGUAAGAAGCACGUAAAAAUCGAAAAUGAGCUUGAGCAAAAGCCCCAUACAAAGAUUUCCAAACCAGUAGAAUCUGAUCAUUUAAUGGUCACUCGCGCCCCCGAUGCCCCACGUCAACUUAAAAGUAAUAAAAUGCCACUUCAAGAGUACUCAGAAAACUGGAAAUUGGAGCCUCAAAAAGCUGCAGUUUACACUUGUGAAAAAAACCGUCUUUCAGAAUAUCAGAGUGCAUUUAAGGCACCACAGUUCAAUUAUAAAUUUGAACCAACAAAAUCUACUAGACCAUUCACAUGUAAACUAGAUAAAUUUCAAUCUCGUAAAAUUUCUUACGAUACAGAAUACAGGCAAGAAUAUAAACCUUUUAAAUAUGUUCCAGUUGAUCAAUUAAAGUCAAGUGAAGUAAUGGAAAACAAAGAUGUACAUAUUAUUCCUCUAAAACGUCCGUCAUCAGCAUGUGGAAUUAGAGAAAUAGCCACGGAUAUUAAUAAUACAGAAAAAAGACGAAUUCGAGCAUUAACACCGCCAUCACAAAUGAACACUAAACUAUCACACCACAAAAAAAAGUAUACUACGGAAUAUAAUGCGAAAUAUAUAGACUAUUCAGAUGUAUUAGGUGCUCCACAAAAUCAAAUGAAAUCAUCAAAUAAAAGUAUAUCAUAUGAUUGGUAUCAAGAAAUAGUAGUACUACGUAGAAAAGCUGAUGAGUAUCGAAAACGUGAUCGAGAAUCACACUUUUCACGUGAGCAUUUAGCACAACUGGAAUCUGACUAUGUUGAUCAUUGGGACCCCCCAAGUAAUGAUAAUUACAUGGAAAAUCUAGAAAAAUAUAAAGAAGCCUUACAAAUGCCAAGAGCUGGCAAACCAUCAACGGACUUAAUUUCUAAUCCAGACGAAAUGGUGCAAUCGGCUAAUCAACGAAGGAGAGCAAUGUUAGACAGUCACAAUGUCGCAGAAGUAAUGGAUCAAGAUGAUUGCUCUGACACGGACUGCGAUCAAAAUAUAGAAUAUAAUAACGAUCACUUAUCCACCCAGCCAUACCAUAGAUAUAAAACAGAUAUGAAAUGUACUAGAGACAAUUAUGUAGGAAUAUUACCAGCUGCUACGAAAUAUAACCAUACCGAUGAAGCAUAUGACAGCGCAAACUACAGCUUAAAAUCAGAAAAUGAUUCAAUUCGACUGGCGAAUUUAGAAGAUGAGCCAAGAACGAAUAAUUCGUACAUAAAACAAUGGUCAAAUGAUUCCAAUAAUCACGCAUCUAAAAGGCAGAACCACUGGUUCAGUAAUGAAUAUGAACGAAAACAAAGAACAGUGGACGAAACAGGAUCGCUGACUAGCUGUAGUUCGCUGUCUGAGAAAUCGAUGGAAUCAAGUGCACGUUUAGCUCACGAAACUCUGGAACGAGCACAAAAGCAGCACGAACGUAUAUUACGAGAACAAAAACAUAAUGAAAACAUAUAUUCUCCAAAUGCAUAUUCCGACUGUGAAUAUAAGCGGAUUGAACUCUGAAAAAAAAAAACAAUUUCAAAUUAUGACAAACAACCUUUGUAUGGUGUUUUAUAAAUUAUGUAUUUGUAAUAGCAAGUAUAAAUCUGGAUAAAUGCGCAUGCAUAAAUAAAACUGUCCUAGGAGUCUUAUCAAAUUAUUUGAAAAUAAAAGGACGAUACAUUGCUUUGAAUUAAAAAAUAACUUGAAUCCUUGUUGAAUGACCGUAUUGGUAUACACUAACUGACUUUAGAGGAAAGUGGUCACUGGCUGAAUACAUCAGUUGUGAACUAAGUGAGUAUUGUGUACAGUUCAUUCACAGUGAGUUUUUCUGCCGGAGAAUAUCAGUCAGCCCACAACCAUACGUUCACGAUUUUUCCUUGACUGUUGUGAAAAAUUAAGCACAGAAUCAACAAUAAAAAAUAUUCCCAUGCUUCGAAAAUCUUUCUAUUAAUUAGUAAUAUAGGCAGACUUUACGAAUUGUAUGCAUACAUAUACAUACAAAGUGGACAACAAAAGUUACUAAACAAACAAAAGGAAAAUAGUUUUUGGAGAAAAGAAAGCAACGACUGGAUGUACAAUGUUAUACAUAUAAAUAAAUAUAUAUGCAAAAAAUGGUGUAAAAACAAUUCACAGAGUAGAUAUUACAGCUUUGGUUUAAUUUAUAUACGUAUAUCUGGCAUACACUUCAUGUAUGGAACAUUAAUUAAGUUUUAAAUAAAAUAAUGUACACAAAUGUGAUAAAAUCACGACAUAAGUGAACAUAAGUUAUGCAAGGAUUUGUAUAUAUAAAGAGGAGUUCUAGGUAGAUGAUGGUAAAUGAGUGAAAAUAAGUUCAUAAUCACCGGCUAAUGAAGAAGAAACUUGAAAGAAACAAGUAUUAAGAAAAGACUAGAUAAAGUUAAUCAAGUUUCAAUUUGUUCAGUGCACAAAACAGGGCAACAGAGUUGUAAAGUUGACAUGAAUACACAACCAUAUCAUCUACCAGUAAUUAUAGUUAAACAUGAAACAAAAAAUCAUUAGUUACUACAUAAAGUACUAUAAAAUAUACAUAAAUGACUAGAUAAUAAAUUGAACAAUUUACAUUUUCAAAAAGGAAGCAUUAUCAUCAGC